AUGGAAUGUCGAGUUUGUGGAGAACUCGAAGGAAAACCGCAUUAUGGAACUGUUUGUUGCGCGUAAGUUUUUAUUCUAAAUAUGUAUUGUAAUUAAUUAUGGCUCGUAAUUAUUUAAUUAAUUAAUUUAGAUCGUGUAAAGCAUUUUUUCGUCGGCGAUUUUUGAACAACGAGAAAAAAGAGUGUCGAAAUGGGAAUCGAUGUGAAAUUAGUGCAUGUGAGUUAACCUUUUAAGAAAAAAAUUGAAGAUGGAUCCAUUUUAUCAAAAAAUCUCUCAAAAUUUCUAGCAAAUCGCAAAAACUGCAGUUCAUGUCGCUACAAAAAAUGUCUCGAAGUCGGUCUGAAAACCGAAGAAAUUCGAGGAAAACGAAAAUGCUCUCCACUUCCAAAUAUUACAACACUCGCAAUUCCAACAUCUUCGAAAUUCAUUGAUAUAAGUUAUGAAGAUGCAAUGAGAAUUGCAGAUAUGUAUUUGAACCUUGAGCUGUGA